CUCAACCGAUAAGUGGCUUGGCUCUUCUGACCGCCCGGCAGAACCAGUGGAAUCGAGCAGGGCCCUCCAAAAUUUCUGGAAACUUGCGGCAAGCCGAUCGCUGCAAGCUUUCCCACCUUCCAUGAGCGAUUGAUUGAUUGAUUGAUUGAUCAAUCGCCAACACCCAACAUCAUGUCCGGCUCAAAACCCGAAUUCCUGCGAUUCACAGGCCACCGCGCCUUCGCCCAUAGGCUAGUCCUCUCCACGCUCACCGGCCGACCAAUCCACAUCUCCAAGAUCCGCUCCGCCUCGCCAACCAACCCAGGACUUGCCCCGCAUGAGGUCUCCUUCCUGCGCCUGCUCGAGGCCGUCACCAACGGCAGCGUCAUCGACGUCUCCUACAGCGGCACCACAAUAACCUACCAGCCCGGCCUCAUCACGGGCACCACCCCGGGCGCGGGCUCGGCCCUGGCAAGCGACGCCAUCGAGCACGUGCUCCCGGCCGCCUGCAACCGCAGCAUCACCUACUUCCUCCUCCCGCUAGCGCUGCUGGCGCCCUUCUCCAAAGCGCACAUGAACGUCCGCUUCUCCGGCCCCGGCGUCAUCACGUCCGGCACCUCAUCAACGGGCGACCUAUCCAUCGACACCUUCCGCACGGCAGUGCUGCCGCUGUACGGGCUCUUCGGGAUCCCACCAGCGCGCAUCGAGCUGCGCGUGCUAUCGCGGUCGUGCCCGGGGCCGGGCGGGCGCGGCGGCGGCGGCGUGGUGGAGCUGCGGUUCGCCAGCCAGGUGCGGCUGCCCAAGACGCUGCACCUGAACCGGCGGCCGGGCCGCAUCCGCCGCAUCCGCGGCGUCGCCUACUGCACGGGCGUGUCGGCCAGCCACAACAACCGCAUGAUCACGGCCGCCCGCGGCGUGCUGAACCAGCUGGUGUCGGAUGUUCAUGUUGCUGCGCAGUAUGACCCCGCGCCGCUGGUCGGGGAGAAGGGCAGUGCCUCGAAGAGGAAGCUCGGUAUUGGGUUUGGUUUGAGCCUGGUGGCCGAGUCGAGCGCCGACGGCGUGUUCUAUGCGGCCGACGAGGUCGCGCCGCCCCAGGGUGGGGUGGUGCCCGAGGACAUCGGCACGAGGUGCGCGUACCAGCUGCUCGAGGUCAUUGCGCAGGGCGGGUGUGUGACGGGCGCGGCGGCGCCGACGGUGCUUACGUUGAUGGCGAUGGGGGCGGAGGAUGUCGGGAGGUUGAGGCUGGGGAGGGAGGUGAUGGCGCGGGAGGAGAUAAUAGGGCUGGCGAGGGACUUGAAAGAGUUCGGGGCGAGCAGUUGGGGGAUACGGGAUGCUGGCGACGACGAUGGGGCGGGCGACUUGAUAAUAUCAGUCAAGGGGACAGGGGUUGGUAAUGUCGGGAGGAAGGUAGCAUAAGGAAUAAAACCAAAGCUCAUUUUUAAGGCGGGCCCGCCUAAACCAAACCCUCUUUGGACGUUGCACAACCAGGAAACACGUUCAGGGCAUUAUUACUACCUCUGCCUCGCGGAAACAAGCCUGCUCCUCCGUUCCGCAGCAAGCGCGGCAAUCGU